UUGGAGAGUUGUGACAUGAUCACUUACUAGAAAACACUUCAGAAAGUAAGUCAGGGAUUUUGCCUGGUUUCAAAGAUUUGCAUAAGGCUUUCAAUGGAGUUUUCCUGUGAGUUUGUCUACAUCUCUCCAUCAACCUAUCAGAAGGAAGUCCCCAAAAAAACACAAAUUCCAUUUAAACGUUCAGCUCUCCUCCCUCCGCCCAACAGACUCCGUCCAUGCAGACCAACACCUCCCACUGCGCCCUCCACAGAACUACAAACACCAAAACCACCACUGCCACAAUCUACAGUCACUGAGAGCAUUUUAAAAGAUAACGCCAUCAAGAUAGCACCCAACCCCUCAGCACUAGAUGAGAAUGCAGCAUUUCAUCUCAAGCGAGCCAUGGACAUUCCAGAUUUGCCCCAACCGCCCACAUCUCGACGUACAGCACUUCUCCCUCCAAACAUGCGAUCCCGAUCGGCUGCAUGUAUCCAGCAAAUCCCAGGCCCGUCUACCUCUCUCCACUCCAACAGCCAGAUCUAUGAACUUCCAAAGGAUCAGCCGGACAUCGGCGCUCCUCCACUGGAACCAGACUACUUGAACAUUCUCCCAGAAGCCAGUCGGGAAGAGACAAAACUUCUAAACAUGAACUCCACCAGCAGUAGUGGAUCAACCCAGAAGUCAGCUCCAGCAUUGCCACCACGGCCUUCCUUUAUGAAGUCCUGUCCAGAAUACCUAGUACUGUUGCCGACGUCUCCCUCUCCAUUCCCCUCAGCUCCUCCCCUUGACCUGGCUACAGGAUCGGGACAGCCGCUGCCGGGGAAUCCAAACGUGGUCCUAGUCAGUUUGGGGAAACUUAUAUCACAGGAUAACGUGCUCAUAGAAGGAGAGCCCACCUCCUGCUCCCAGUGUGGCUCUGUGCUGGACUCCUACUAUGACAAUGUGGUGAAUGCAUGUUAUUUUUGCCAGCCAAUGGAACCAUCUACCUCCAACUGUCUUGGCUACAGAGACAGUGCCUUCCUAUUGACCCCUGGUGACAAAGAACUGACCCCUGCCGAUUCGCUGCUCCUGUUCUGUAUCGACAUCUCAGGAUCCAUGACUAUCAUCUCCCAGGUGUCGGAAGGGUCACAGCAAAUCUACGAAUCACGUCUUCAGUUUGUUCAGGAAGCAGUGUUACAGAGUGUUUAUAAACUGAGCGAGACCAAACCACACAUGCAAAUAGGACUCAUCACUUUCAACCAUCAGGUGACUCUGCAUGGAUAUGAAGAGUCCACAUCACGUUUAUUGUGGGGUGACCAGUUAAUUGACAGCGAAUACCUGAAGAAAGCAGCAUUCAGCUUUCCAAGCCCACCCCCUAUUUCCAGGACCAGACACUGUCUACAGAGAGAAAUUUUUGGAUUGUCUGCGAAUGGUGCCACGGCUCUAGGUCCAGCUGCUCUUGUAGCCAUAGCCAUGGCUUCCCGGCAGCCAGGGUCCAAGGUGAUCAUCUGCACAGACGGAAAAGCCAACACGGGCCUGGGGAACCUGGAGGUGGAGGACCAUGGCGCCCGGGCACUCCUCGCCUCCACCAUCUUCUACCAGGACCUGGGGACUUACGCUGCUACCCAGGGGGUGACAGUGUCGGUGCUGGCUAUCGAGGGGACGGACUGCAGACUUGACGAGCUGGGGAGAAUGACAGAUCGCACAGGCGGGAAAGUGGUGAUAGCAAGUCCACAUGAACUCUACACUGAAUUUGAGGAGAUCAUAGAGAACAGGACGAUAGCUACACACUGUAGCGCCACUCUGCUGCUCCCCGCAAAUCUGCUUGUGAGAGGAGAGAGAGAGGCCGGCCAUAAGGGGACAAGAGAGGUGGGCAACGUGACAGCUGACAGUGAAAUCACCUUCCAGUUUGGAGCGCAUUCACAGGGAGCGGCGACCGCCCCAGUGGUAGGCAGCCGUGUGUCCGUCCAGCUGCAGCUGAGAUACAGACAGACGGAUGGAGGCACGGUGCUCAGAGUACUGACUGCAGAGAGGGAGGUCACCGAUGACAGUUCAGAGGUCCUGUCCUCUCUGCAUCUGGGCAUCAUUCAGCUCAACUCAACCCAUGUCAGUGGCACUCUGGCUGUCAGAGGCCGUUUCCAAGACGCCAGGAGAGAAGGGGAGAUGCAGAGUGUGCUGAUAGAGAGAGCCCUAGAGUAUAAGCGAAGUGCUGAGGACAGCCAUAUGUAUUCGGAAUGGGUUAAAACCAUGGAGCCAAUAUACAAAGGCUUGUACAACUACACAAGGAAACAACCAACAGACUCUGACUCACAGCAGACUCUAACUGACAAGGGAGCUGCACUGUUCUACACCAUGAAGAACAGCAACAGGAAUUCCCUAAAUUCAUUUAAAAAAGGUCAUGCUUAAUAUACAUGGAAGAUAUUACAUUUUCGCUGACUUGUGGGGAAUGCAUACACCAAAUAUCUUUUUGUGCUGAACAACAAGAAAAUAUCUGUUGUUGAUCUUUUUAAUUUUUAAGUCGUUAUCAACAACUGUGGGUAUAGAACUUGUUGAUUCCAUUUGUACAAACAGCUUUUCAAAGGAAAUAAUAAAGUUUCUUCUGUUCUUCAUA